CAUCCACAUCCACUGACCUCAUCAAGGACGGGAUGGGAAUGACCCGGGCGAGCCGGGCUAGCAGGAUCAAAGUCCCCUCCUGGCAAGGACAGCAACGCUUAAAUUUGCGCAUAUUUAAACUUUUGAUUAGCUGCUGCGUUUUAAUACUCAGCAUUUACACAAACGCCUGGCACUUGUCCAUCAGUCCCGGCACCGGCUCCGUCUGGGUCAUGGCCGGCAGCAUCAAGGGACGUGGUGACGCCCAUCGCCUGGAUGAGCUGGGCUCCAUGGCCCACACCGCCUCCUCCUCAUCGUCCUCUUCCUCCUCGCUGAUGUCGGCCUGGCUCACCCAAAGCAAUAACCAUGCAAAUAUCUCCGAGCUACUGGACAAUCUGCUGCGUGGAUAUGACAAUAGCAUACGUCCGGAUUUUGGUGGACCACCAGCCACUGUUGAAGUGGAUAUAAUGGUUCGAAGUAUGGGCCCAAUAUCAGAAGUUGAUAUGACCUACUCAAUGGAUUGUUAUUUUCGUCAAUCCUGGGUGGAUAAACGUCUCGCAUUCGAAGGCGCCCAGGACACGCUGGCACUGAGCGUCUCGAUGCUGAAGCGGAUAUGGAAGCCGGAUACGUACUUUUACAAUGGUAAGCAGAGCUAUUUGCACACGAUUACCACGCCGAACAAGUUUGUGCGGAUCUACCAGAACGGACGCGUCCUGUACUCCAGCCGUCUGACAAUUAAAGCCGGCUGCCCCAUGAAUCUGGCCGACUUUCCCAUGGACAUACAGAAGUGUCCGCUGAAAUUUGGCUCAUUUGGCUACACCACGUCCGAUGUCAUCUAUCGGUGGAACAAGGAGCGACCUGCCGUCGCCAUAGCGGAGGACAUGAAGCUGUCCCAAUUCGAUUUGGUCGACUGUCCGGCUGGCAAUUUGACGGACAUUGUAUAUAAGGCGGCGGCGCCUAUGCCGCAGGAACGGCCCUACAACAACAAGGAUCCGUCCCAGGCAGGACGCCCCAAGGCGACCAGCAAAACGCUGACCACAUUCGCAGGACCCGGGGCAAAGAAUCAGCAUGUGCGCGGCACCGGACUGAAGCUGGACAAGGGGGCCUUUGGCACGGGACGCGAUGCCGUCGGGGCACCGCCCAGCACCACCCUGUCGGGGAGUAUAACCAUUGAGACGCAUCAUCCAUCGGAGUACUCCAUGCUGAUGGUGAACUUCCAUCUGCAGCGGCACAUGGGCAACUUCCUCAUCCAGGUGUACGGGCCCUGCUGCCUGCUGGUGGUGCUCAGCUGGGUCUCCUUCUGGCUGAACCGGGAGGCCACUGCGGACCGGGUCUCGCUGGGCAUCACCACGGUGCUGACGAUGACGUUCCUCGGACUGGAGGCGCGCACCGACCUGCCCAAGGUGUCGUAUCCGACGGCCCUUGACUUCUUUGUGUUCCUCUCGUUCGCCUUCAUCUUCGCCACCAUCCUGCAGUUCGCCGUGGUCCACUACUUUACCAAGUACGGAUCGGGCGAGUGCUACUUCAUCAUUGAGGAGCUGGACUCGGAUUCGGCAGAGACGGAGACGGAAGCACCCUCCGACUUUCGGGACAGCACCGAGUCCAAGAUCUACGAGGUGAUACCCCUGUCCAUGUGCACCAUCGACAUGAUACCCAACUCCGCGGGCAGCAGUCGCCUCGGCAUGCUCAGCUCCAAGCGUGGCGCCGCACGCAACCGCCGCCACGUACCAUGGACCCUGAAGUUCCCGAGCUGCUUUGACUGGCGGCGAAGAAAGCCGCCACACACGCACUCACAUUCGCACUACUCCUCCUCCGACGAGGAGGAGGAUGACGAGCAGACCCAGCUGCGGGCACACGAGGCACCCUCCACAUCCGCAGCAGCGGCAGCAGCAGCAGCAGCAGCAGCAGCAGCGGCGGCGGCGGCAGCAGCAGCUGCCCAAAGCAGUCCGCCCCAUGUGGGCCGACGGCGGAUGUCCUACUAUCGGCGCGAGGAGAUGGAGGCACGCCGCAAGGGCAAACGGACGCCGCAAUACAAUUCCGUGUCGAAGAUCGAUCGCGCCUCGCGCGUCGUCUUCCCGCUGCUGUUCCUCCUGAUCAAUGUGUUCUACUGGUACGGCUACCUGUCCAGGAGCGCCCGCAUUCUGGCCAACACGCAACCGAGCACCUGAUGUUACCUUUUAGCAAUUUAGACAGAGUCCUCGAAGAAAUCGACAAAGCGAUUCACAGGCAGCAGACUCAGUGAACAAAGAGCUGGAUAUGCCUAGGAAUGGGUGCCCAAGGGGAAUGGAGAAUGGAUCGGCAGAUGGCAGAAGACAGGAUGAGGUUAUAUGUAUAUCGCUUCAGAUUCAGUUUUUGCUCUUAUUCUGAUUUGCUACAGACAGAAGAUCACAACGCUUUACAACGAUUUCUUUACGCUCUAAAUUGCUAAAGUAACACAAAACAAGAAACUAAAACUUA